AUGCGAAAACAGAGAAGCACCGGCGAGCUGGAGAAGAAAGUGUCGGGAAGCAUUAGGAGCACGGCAUCAUGUACGUCGUGGAUCAGCACGGGAUCGUCUCAGUCAGCGAUGGGUGAAUCCUAUAACACAGACUCUAACGCCAGCUUUAUCGUUGAGGACGAACAUAUGGACGUUAACACGACAGAAACGUAUGUCGGGGAGUGGAAGAAUGACAAGAGGUCUGGAUACGGGAUCGCCGAGAGAACAGACGGGCUAAAGUACGAGGGCGAAUGGUUCGCUAACAAGAAAUAUGGCUAUGGUGUGACUACGUUUAAGGACGGCACAAAAGAGGAGGGCAAGUACAAGAACAACGUAUUGAUUACAUCUCAAAAGAAAAAACACUAUUUCCUGAUGAGAUCAGCCAAGCUCAAGGAACGAAUCGAGGCAUCCGUGAACGCGGCGCACAGGGCAUCGAAAAUCGCGUUGCAAAAAGCGGAUAUAGCAAUAUCUCGGAUGGCCACUGCUAGAGGUAAAGCGGAACUCUCUGACAUCGCAGCGGACCACGCUCGAGAGGAUUACGAAAUAGCAAAACUCACAGCUAAACAGUUUGCGCCAGAUUUCAUUCAACCAGGACUGGAAAAGACCAGACUCCGGGAGAUUUUGAAACAGCGCAUGUCAAUUGACCAAAAGUCGAUAUUGCAGCCGCUGAUAUCUACGCCGAAUCCAGCUGGUCCGACGCAAUCUUCGUCAGACGCAGCCGACGCAGCAUCCCUGUCGUUGUCCACCAACAACUUGUUGUACACGUCCACCGGUGGUGGCCAGCAGCAGGACGCGGCAGAGACCACACCGCAGUUCAGACCUAGGUCGCACUACGCGCAACCUUACUAUCAGUCUACCGGCGGCGGCAACCUUCAGCAACAGCAACAGCAGCAACAGUCGGGAGGCGUUAGCCCGCAGCAAAGCAACAUGGGCAACACGUUCAGCCGUAACAGCACCACGCCCGAAGUGAGGCAGAACCAGAACAGCGGCGGGUCGUCGACCAGGACUCACGGUCGGCCCGCCAACAACGGAAUCGCUCCCGAAUCGGUCCCUCGACGGCCGUACGUCACCCAUAACGACGUCGGCGUCGGCACCGAGAGCAUGGGAAUCGCCGGAACGUCCGGAAGUGCCGGAAGCGCGCCGACGUCCGCCCGCCAGAGCGCCCCCAUGGACAGGGCGCCGUUUUCGCCCCAGCGCGUGCCGUCCACGUCUUCGCACGGCGUCUACUCGCGCGCGGGCAACGAAGACGGCGCGAUGGGCGGCAUGAGCGGCAUGGGCGGAAUGAGCGGAAUGGGCGGAAUGAGCGGAAUGGGCGGAAUGAGCGGAAUGGGCGGAAUGAGCGGAAUGGGCGGAAUGGGCGGAAUGGGCGCCCCGUCGUCGUCGGCGGUCCGCCGGGACAGCGGCAGCGGCAGACAGAACCGUUACAACCAGUACGAGGUAGGACCCGAUUACGACGCCGAUCCGUCGCUGUUGCGACGCAACGCGAAAUACGUCGACAGGGAGGCACUGUUCUCGUUUCAACAGGUAACGCAGCCGCAGACCGCGGGUGGCCGCGCCGUCGUCCGUUCGGCGGAGGGCAGUUAG